AAUGCGUUUUCAAAAUUUUCGAAACUCAAAAAAUAUGCCCUGCUAAGCGUUGAGCUCCGGUCUCACAAUGGACCCAUCAGUGAAUUUUUCCAGUUAUGUUGUUCUUAAGUUAUAUGAAUUAACUGAACAAAUUAACUGAUUUCGCAGGAAGCACAACAACGAGAAACCACGGUCCCUCUAAUUAAUUUGUUUAAAUUUCCUACGGAUUCCUACGGAUGAGUCUGGGAGUCGCUGCAAUGUUCACUGGGCCUUGAACGACACUACUUGGGGGGAACUUUUGUGAACCCCAGGUAAUCGGGUAUGUCGUUUCUCGCUGGUCGAUGUCAUAUUGCUGUGGAGCUGUUUUUCUGGGCUUUUAAUUCAUUUGUAGCUCUUGGGUCCUGCUGAAAUGGCGAAAGAUCAGCAAUGUCAGUAUUGCCAGAGCAUGUUCACCAAAGGCGCAGGGUUCGCCAAUCAUGUCAAGGCCUGCAGCAAGAAAGUCCAUGCCCGACAGCCCUCGGUCGCUCCCCAGUCCGACUCUGACCAACACCCCCUUGGGUUUCUCCUCUCCGGGACACAUUAUACCCUCCCGAAGAGAGUGCCAAAAACAGUCCGACGCUCGUGUGCCCAGGCCCUCACUCAACUCCUCCGUAAAUGUGUACGUGAUAACUCCUCCGCGUCUUGGGUAGAUUUGCUGCUUUUUAGUUCGAGUGCGCUAUCUUUACCUGCCACGAAGUCACUCCGGAAGGUAUCGCUGUCUACCAUUAUUCGGAGGAACCUGGCCGAUCUGUCCUGCCACCAUCAUCCUCCCCGCACACGUCCUAGCAGUGAUACAACCCGUAAACGCGAAUUGAAUGAAGAGCGACUGACGGCUUUGGCCACAUCCCUGUUGCAAGACAAUAAUGUGCGACGGGCUGUUGGAGUAGUAAUGGGUGAAGAUGCUCUUGCCCCGAUGAAUGCGGACACUUUAGAAGCCCUACGCGGUAAGCAUCCUCCGGAGCCAGAUGACAGUGAUUACCCCCCGCCGCCUGAGCAGUCACAGAAGCCUCCUUUAGUCACCCCUGCUGAAGUUUUGCAAUCCGUUCUAAGUUUCCUUCUGGAUCUGCUGGUGGUUGUUCGGACUUACGGCCACAAGACCUUAAAGAUAUGUUGUGCGGGCCUGGAGCUGUCGAAAGUGAACUGUGUUCCGCUUUGGCUGAUUUCGUUAACCAUGUACUGCACAACGACAUCCCUGAAGACAUUAGGCCUUUCUUCUUUGGCGCAAACCUAAUCCCAUUGGCUAAGAAAGACGGAAGUAUUCGCCCCAUCGCUGUCGGAGAAACCUUCAGACGUUUAGUCUCGAAAGUGGUGAGCCAGAGGUGCACGGAUAAGAUGAAGGAGCUGUGCAACCGAGUCCAGUUUGGUUUUGAGACUAAAGGCGGAGCCGAGGCCAUUAUUCACGGGGUGCGGGACUAUUUGGAAACUCCCCAUACAGAAGCUCGGGUCAUUGUUAAACUAGAUUUUAAAAACGCAUUCAAUAUGUUGAGACGAGACGCAUUGCUAAGAGCUGUCCGUGAGCAUUUCCCCACGUACUACGGUUAUUUUUGGCAGUCCUAUCGCUUCAGCAGUCAUUUGGUUUGCGGAGAAGAAGCGUUGUCAUCCGCCCGGGGAGUGCAGCAAGGUGACCCAUCUGGCCCACUUGGAUACAGCCUAGCCACGCUACCUCUAUUCUCUGACUUGGACUGUGAUUUGUAUCUAGCCUUUCUCGAUGAUGUUACACUCGCUGGGACUGUGGAAAAAGUGAUGUUGGCCAUUAGGCUGAUACAAGAAAGAGCAGCAAAACUGGGUCUGGAGUUGAACUUCAGUAAAUGUGAAUUCUUUCCAGUCGUAACUUGCGAAGCGGAAGAAGCGCAUAUUCGCACGUCUCUGUUAGGCUGCUGGCCGGAGAUGUUACAGCUAAGUGCCGAGGAUUUCUCUCUGUUGGGAGCACCGAUGACAUCUUCUGCAUGCGCGGGAUUUUUGGCUGGAAAACGAAGCAGCUCCAAAAUUUCGUCCAGCGUCUGAAAAAGCUAUCGGCACACUACAGUCUCUUUCUUCUUAAAAACUGCCUCAGCAUUCCCAAAGUUUUAUACGGGUUGCGAACUUCACGUAGUUAUGAACACCCGCAGUUGCUAAAAGAAUAUGACCAGAUGUUGCGGUUGGGGGUGGAACAGCUGGUCAACGUGAACAUUUCCGAAGCUCAGUGGACGCAGAUAUCUCUUCCAGUAUGGCGUGGGGGUUUGGGAACGCGACGCAUAGAGACAUUAGCUGUUUGCGCCUAUCUGGCAUCGGUGUACUCUGUGCAACCCAUCGUUUCCGAAUUUUAUCAGCCAACGGAGGAAUGUCUGACGAAAACAGCUCAGGAAACCUGGGUACAGCUGACAGAAGGUGAGAUUCCGGCAGAAUUCCUUCGAAAGUUUCAGUUUGCGUGGGACAACCCAGUGAUUGAUCGGGAUAUUUCCUUGCUGAUGUCAUCCACUGAAGGCAGCGACCGCGCUAGGGCGGUCUUGCUGGCUGCCUUAAACAAAGAUUCUGGAGCGUGGUUAAAUGCGUUGCCGGCGCCAUGUUUGGGCACCUUCCUAAGGGACGACGAUGUGAGAACUGGUGUAGGCUUGCGCUUUGGAUUACCGGUAGUGGUGGCACACCAUUGCAUCGCGUACGGUACACAAGUCGAAACCAAUGGUCAUCACGGGCUAUCAUGCAAUAAAUCAACCAAAGGACGAUGGGCGCGGCAUAAAGAAAUGAACAGCAUCGCAAAAAAUUGUUGCAAAAGCGCUGGUUACCCUUGUCAACUGGAACCGACUGGACUAUCCAGCACAGACGGGAAAAGACCCGACGGAAUGACGCUGAUACCUGUUCGCCAAGGCAGACCGCUUGUUUGGGAUGUAACAAGCUGGUGUACUGUAGCAGAUUUCCACGUCGCUGCAAGCGCGAAGAAAUCCGGAAUUCUGUCCCAAAUGGCAGAAAAUUCCAAGCGCCGGACGUAUUCCUUUUUGGAAUACGGUUACCUCUUUUAUCCGCUGGUUAUUGAGACACUGGGAGUUUUUGGCCCUGCUUUCAGUGAAAUGCUGCAUUUCAUGGGCCGGAAGAUUCGGGACAUAACGGGCGAAGCGCGUUCUACUGCUUUUCUCAAGCAGCGUUUUAGUUUAGCUGUUGUUAAAGGAAAUGCUACGGCUGUUUUGAGUGCAUUGCCUUUUAAUCCGAGAGAGGAUAAGGAUUUUGGAUGGAUUGGAUGGCGGCCGCCCCUGUACCGUACAGUUAUGGUAUGCCCCACCGAUGCUGCAACAGCAGCGACGGACGCUGUCACCUCGCAGUGCGAUGUCGAUAUCUGGCUGGUUCCCGUGAUACGCCUCGAGGCGGUGACGGUGCUGGCGCAAUUCGUCGUCAUCCUCGUUCAUACCGUAAAACAGCACCAGCAGCUGGCCCGCCUCCUGCACCUGUUGCUACUGCUCAGCGUCGAGAUGGACGUCAUGCUGGCCGCGGCCGAUGUAUAA